AUCAAAUUUGUUCGUUGAUCGCAUUUCCGUCUCCCAACCUCAAAUGUAAUAAUGUUCGUGUGCGCUUACGUAAUGUGUGUAAUAUGUAUCAACAAUUAGUAAACAUAGCGCAUCAUCACCAUCAAUGGACUACCUGGGUGAAGGCAUCGCCAUCGCGAUAAACGGCGUCGUCUUCACGUAUGUCCUCAAGCAGUUCCUGCGCCGGCAACAUGCCGUCUCAAUGGUGCAAGGCGCUCCUCUGCUGGAAAUCAACAGGGAGUUGAAAGACAUUGUAGACACACAUCCAGACAAGAAACUCAACUAUGUCGCAGUCAAAGGUGUUAUUGCUCCAAUUGGCAAGCCUAUCCAAAGUGUCAACAACAGAGAUAUCGAAGGUGUUAUACAGUUGAUCAAAACUCAGGAACAUGUGGUGCAAAGAUCAUCAGCUGGUUUCUGGUCGGAUCAUGAAAGAGUCAUUCAGGAGUCCAAAAAUGUCAUGCCUUUUGCACUGGAAGCGAAUGGAUUCCAAGUGGAAAUUGUUGAUCCACUCGCUGCUGAUAUUUUAGACCUUGAUGUGAUAUCAGAUAUCUUUGAACCCACAUCCCCUGGUGUUCUGCAACAUAUUUAUGGUUUUGUAAUGGGUUUGAGGCAGAAAGGCAUUCAGAAAACCGAACAAAUGUUACGUACGGGCACAAUUAUGACUGGCAUUGGUGAAUUAUCCAAAUCGUAUGAUGGUAAAUCGUUAAAAUUACAGCCUGCAGCAAAUACGCCAUUUUAUUUAACAAAUUUACAUGUUACUUCAUUAAUUAAGAAGCUAGGUGAACAGAAACGUAAUUAUAUGUGGUUAACGAUAAUAUCUGGUUCAUUGGGCGUUGUACUUAUUGGUUUGAUAGCUCGAAGAGUUUACAACAAUUAUUCAAAGGCAAUUGACAAAGAUGCGAAGAAAAAACGAGUUCGAGCUCAUGAUGAUACACUAUCAGAGAUACAAUUGUGUAUAGUGUGUAAAGAAAAUCCUAGAGAAAUCAUAUUAUUACCUUGCGGACACGUGUGUUUAUGUGACGAUUGUUCCGAAAAUAUUCAAGAUAAAUGUCCAGUGUGUCGAAAACCAAUUCAAUCCAAAGCAGAGGCUUACAUUUCGUAACAAAACUUCGCACCAUCAGGUAGACGGUAUAUUAAAGCAUUAGGCACUCUAACAAACUAUUUACAUUAGUUAUUGAUUGAAAGAAGGAAUUUAUUUAUUGUAAAUUUUGUAAUAUAACCUUUAUGUUUGCGCCUCUGGUUAGGCAGUCAAAUAUACACCAAAAUUAA